AUGGCGAAAUACACAAAGGACUUCACCACGGUGUCCGAAGUCGACAUCAAAUUAGACUUCUUGGCCGUUAGGGCCCAUGUCAUCCAGGCGGAGGAGUCGGCGAAGAAGGUACUCGCCAUCUGGACGGAGCAUUACAACAAAGCGCGGAAGAACUUCGUCGCUACUAGGGCGGCGUUUGAUUGUGUCAUGCGAUGGACCGAGCAGGUCAACUACGCCUGGAACGAGCUGCGAUUGAGUGACGGAACCUCGCAUCUCCCCGAUGCCGCUCGCGAAGCCUACAGCAAUCCGGAGGCAUGCAACACACUCACUGAAUUUGGAGAGACGCCGGCGGAGGUGAAGGAAAGGACGAAAGCUGAAAGAAGGAUGGCUAUUCAGGCAUGGAAAAAGUUGAGGAAGGCGUGUGCUGACUCCGCUGUAGCGCAGGCGCGCGACGAGCAGCUGAGGAUGGUAGAGAACAGGGCGGCAAUGCGAGACGGGCAGCCAUGGGAUAACGAAGGGAUGCACACCCAGGCCGACUGGGCACUUGAAAACAAAUGGGCUUCGUAUGAAAUGCUAUGGUAG